AUGAGCAAAGAUAAGGAGAUUGAUGACUCGGUGAUACCGUACAACUUGUUACCGUUUCCACAAAGGUUGUGGAAAUCAAAAGAGUCCGAAAGGGAGAGCAAAUUCCACAAGAUGCUUGAUAAGUUGGAAAUCUCUAUGCCGUUUGUUGAAGCUAAAUUGCCUCCCAAGUUAAAAGAUCCCGGUAGUUUCGCCAUUCCUUGUAUUAUCGGUGGAUUUGUGGUAGGAGGUGCUUUGUGUGACCUAGGGGCAAGUGUCAGUUUGAUGCCCUAUUCUAUGUGCAAGAGGCUAAACCUUGGUGAGCCAAAGCCUACCACUAUGACUCUUCAGAUGGCCGACCAUUCAGUGAAGCGCCUGGUGGGCGUCCUUGAGGAUAUCCCCGAGGAUGCCAAGGUUCCCAUCAUCCUUGGUAGGCCUUUUCUAGCUACCGCCGGAGCGAUUAUUGAUGUGAAGAGGGGCAAGUUGGUGAUGGAGGUGGCCAAAAACAAGAUCAAGUUUGAUAUCUUUAAGAUGGCCAAGCAUCAACCAUCUUAUGUUGAUGAGUGCAAAAUGGUGAAGGCUAUGGAGGAGAGCAUUGAAGAGACCCAAAAGAACAACCAAGGAGACAUGAUUGAUAUCCGGGCUAAUUUUAAGCCCCAUGAGAAAAAUCAAGCUUUGAAAAUUGGAGGGAAUUUCUUUGGUCCUAAUGGUUUCUACAAGAGAUAG